AGAUCAUGGACUCCAAUUCAUACGGCUGGAGAAGCUACAUUCUCAUCAAGCUGCAAUUUACUCUUUACCAUAAUGGAUGAAGAAGUUUUAGCAACCAAUCUUAACUCAGGUAAACGGUUACAUACCUUCGAAGGUGAUUCUUCAAUCGUCUCUUCAAUCACUUGUACUCCAUCAACAUCAAAUCCGACACUCUUAAUUGCUUAUAGAUCACUAUCAAUUCGAAUCUACACAUUACUUGGAUCUUUCAUCGAUCCAGAAACAACGACCGUCAAUCAUCAAAAAUCAAUUGCCAAAGCUCACGAAGCUCCCAUCUCAAUCUCAAUUGCAGAUCCCACUUCAUCCGUCUUUGCAACAGGUGAUACAGCAGGUGUUGUAAAACUAUGGGAUGUCAAGAACGGACAUUGUACACAUGUUUUCAAAGGACAUCAAUUGGUUUCUGCAUUAAGUUUUGAUGUUAACAAACCUGAAGCUCGUGCAAGAUUAGCAGUUGGAUCUAGUGAUGGGAAAAUCAAAUUAUGGGAUUUACGUACAAAUCAAUUAAUCAAUGUUUUUGAACAUGGUCAUGUUUCUGUUAUACGUGGAUUAAGUAUUACAAAAGAUGGAAAGUAUUUGGUUUCUGGGUCUAGAGAUAAAGUAGUCAACCUUUGGUUAAUCGAAUCAUCUAAAGUAAUUAAAACGAUUCCAGUUUAUGAAACAAUCGAAUCUAUUGGAUUAAUUACUCAAGUUGGAAACUCCUCGGUUUCUCCUCUUAAAGGUCUUUCUGUUUUUACUGCUGGUGAUAAAGGUUUAAUUAGAUUAUGGGAUUUAGAAUCUGGUCAACAAAUUAGUUCUGAAGAAGAAAAAUCUACAGUCGAUAAUAAAUUUCCACGUACUAGUAUUUUUGAUACUUGUUACGAUGAAGAAACCCAAACAUUAUUAGUGACCAAGAUAGAUCAAACUUUCAGUCUUUUAAAACUACCAAGUCUUCAUAUCAUACGACAGAUUGUAGGAUCACAUGACGAGAUCAUUGAUACAAGUUUACUAAACUCUUCAAGCGGAACAGCCACCCAUCUAGCUCUAGCCACAAACUCACCUGUCAUCCGAAUCUUAUCAUUAGGACCCGAAGAGAAUCAUACCGAAUUAUUAUCAGGCCAUAAUGAUGUAGUCUUAUGUUUGACCAAAAGUGAAGAUUCGACUUGGUUUGUCAGUGGAUCGAAAGAUAAAACAGCAAGAGUUUGGAAACAAUUUGUGAAAGAUGAACGAAUCGAAUGGGAUUGUGUAGGGAUUUGUGAAGGACAUAUGCAAGGUCUUGGAGCAGUCAGUUUAACCGAAUUUAAAGAUUCACAAACCCAAAAAUCAGUUUCAAUCUUAGCUACUGCUUCACAAGAUCGAACGGUUAAACUUUGGGAUUUAACUUUGAUUUCAAAACUUGAUAAAACUCAUCAAGAAACCAAUCCAAUGAAAUCUUUAUCAACUUUAAAAGUACACGAAAAAGAUAUUAAUACGAUUGGGUUUUGCAAAGAAGGAAAACUCUUUGCUACUGGAUCUCAAGAUAAAUUAUGUAAAGUCUUUAAACUGAAUCAUACAGCAAAAGAAGGCACGAGUUUAGAAAUCUUAGGGAUCCUAAAGGGACAUAGCAGAGGGAUUUGGACGUUGAAGUUUUCGAAAUUUGAAAAAGUUUUGGCGACUGGUAGUGGUGAUUGUUCUAUAAAACUUUGGUCAAUCGAUCAAAAUGAUGAAAAGUUUGGUAAUUGUUUGAAAACGUUUGAUGGUCAUCUUAAUGCUAUCCUUAGAUUAGAUUUCAUUAAUUUCGGAUCUCAACUUGUUUCUACUUCUUCUGAUUCAUUAAUCAAGAUCUGGGAAAUCAAAAACCAAGUAUGUUUAAAUGAAAGUAAGAUUAAUCAUGAUAGUAAGAUUUGGGCAUUAGAAAUCGAAGAAGACGGUCAAAGAAUCCUCACGGCUGGAUCUGAUUCUAAAAUAAUUUAUUGGAAAGAUAUCACAGAAGAAAAACUAAUGGAAAAGUUUAAGUUGAAAGAAGAAGAGAUGAGAUUAAAUCAAGAUUUAGAGAAUUAUAUUAGAUUAAAAGAUUAUAAAACGGUGAUUUGUUUAUUACUUAAACUAAACAAAUCGGUUAGAUUAUUGAAAUUGUUUAAUGAAAUUUUAGAAGAAGAAGAAGAUGAAGAAGAAGAAGAAGAAGGUCUAAGAAAGAUAGAUGAAAUUUUAAAAGAAUUAAGAGGAGAUGAAGUUUUAAAACUAUUAAUGUUUUGUAGAGAUUGGAAUUCGUUAAGUAAAACUCAGGAAACCUCACAUAAAGUUUUAUUUGGAAUCUUUAAAUUUCAUUCAUACAAAACUUUAUUAAAGUCUAUUGAAGAAUCAAGACCAGAAGAAGAAGACAACCCAGAAAACGAGAAAGGGAAUGGGAAUGGGAAUCGAAACGAAGGCAAAUGGAAAGUAAGAAAAGGUAAAGAAACUUUGAAAGAGGUUUUAGAUAGUUUAGCUGCUUAUUCUGAAAGGUAUUUAAGUAAAGUUGAAAAAGUCGGACAAGAAUUAAAUGUUUUAGGUUAUCUUUUGAAUCAAAUGGAAGGAGGGAUUUGUGAAUUUUGA